AGAGGAAGUGGUGGCGCGGGAGAGGGCGGAGGCGUUGGAGAGACAGAGGUUGGCGGAGUACAUUGUGUGGAGAAAGAGAGAGGACUUCCAGGAGAAGAGAGGAGAGAGAGAGAAGGAAGGAAAGAGUGCAGAGAAAGGGAAGGAGGCUGUGCCGGAAGUAAUCUGGAAGAAGAGAGAAGAAGAGGAAGGAGACGCAGGGAGGGAGAGAGCAAGGGCCAUUCACAGAGGACAUGAAACCAUUUGGAGAAAGAGAGAGAGAGAAUAAAAAAGGAGCCUGAUGCACAUGAAAAGUAGGUGUUAAGGAAAGCGUGCUGCUACCAGGAAUUGGAGACUAGCCAUACAUCAGUAAGCCUCCUCUCUCUUCUUUAGCAGUUCUGGGCUUCAUUGAGCUCUGCAGGAGCUCGCAGUUGUAUCGACCUACUGGAGCUGUGUAUUGUAUGUGUGCGUUGCUGCCGUGUGUGUGCGCGCAGCCCCCUUGCGAUCCCGUCAUUGGCUGCUAAUAGGAUUUUUAUGGGCCUGUGUCGAGCAGGAUAGAGCUGCCAAGGGGAGCUGCUUCACACAUGCACAGAUAAUCUAAGAGGCAUUGUGGGCAAGGAAGGUUUAUACUGCCUCACACACAUGUAAACACAUCACGUACAAGUGUGCACCCCUCAAUGCAGUUACACACACAUGCAAGGGGUUGCUGAGAGAUAUCACUUGUGUUGAUUCUCCAUGGUGCUGCCGACAGCUGGAUAACUGGCCUUCACUCAGAGGCUAUUAAGUUGGGACAAGAUACUCACAGAUAUCUUUUUACAUUAUGGCAAAAACACCAAGAUGAACACUUUGUGCAGAGCUAAGACCAGGUCUUCAUCAGUCCCUGGGAACACAAUGAACAUUGAAGCAGAUUUAAAGUGAACUGAUGACAACAUGAUCUGCGCUGGUGCACUAAAAACAAACUUUUUUUACCUGCAUUCUACCAUUAAAUGGGACACGCCACUUCUUCUCUGCACCUUUUCUCAUUCUGCUUUCAUUGUGGAUAAAGACGUUUUUAAAGCAGUUUGGUUUUGGCUGCCUGGUAAUGAGUGGAGGACAGACAACCAGACAGAUGGAUGCAGCUCUUACAUUGAGCAAGACAGACAGAUGGCCGUGUGUCCUUUUAGGGAGAAACUUUGAAUACUGAGACAAAGAGACAUUGAUUGAAUCACUAGAGUCUGUGUGGACUUGCGCGGAUAUAAAAACUGACACUGCAGAUUCAUUAUGGAGCUUGUCCCAAAAACCAAAUACACCCACUUUCGGAGUGAAUCGCUGAGCUCAACUGAUGAAACAAACUCCAAUCCAUCGUCGUUCCCUCCUUCCAGUCCUGCUAGCCCGCUCACUCCCUCCCCUGGUUUACCUUCUUCUCUCUCCUCCUCAUCUCUCACUCCCAUCUUGCCCCCCACUUCUCCCCGCCCGGCAGAGAACAGCCCCACCACCCUCUGCUCCUUCUUCCCCAGGAUGGGAUCCCUUCGUCUGGGUGUCUCUGCCACUCUUCUCCCAGGACUCAAGGCCUCAAACAGAACACAGCAGCCUCAGGCUGUUGAGUCCUCUGGGGACGACAGGAGCAGCUCUAGCUCCUCCCCUCCGCUUCAUCACCCUGUUCCCCCGCUAACUGCUCCUUCUCCCCCUCCCCGACCUCCUCUGCAGGACAUGAACCGGCUGGGAGGGGCGUCCAGGAGGGCACGGGUGGAAGGAGGGCAGCUGGGAGGUGAUGAGUGGACGCGCCAUGGCUCCUUUGUCAACAAGCCCACCCGUGGCUGGCUGCACUCCGACAAUGUGGUCACCACCACCGGUGUUUCCUACACUGUAAGGUACAUGGGUUGCGUGGAGGUGCUACAGUCAAUGCGAGCGCUGGACUUCAACACCAGAACUCAGGUCACGAGGGAGGCAAUCUCUGUGGUGUGCGAGGCAGUACCCGGAGCCAAAGGAGCCCAGCGCAGGAGAAAGCCCUCCUCUCGCUGUCUGACGUCCAUCCUGGGGAAGAGUAACCUGCAGUUUGCUGGCAUGACAAUCAGCCUCACCAUCUCGACCAGUAGCCUCAAUCUGCUGGCCUCUGACUGCAAACAGAUUAUUGCCAAUCAUCACAUGCAGUCCAUCUCCUUCGCCUCUGGAGGAGACCCAGAUACAGCUGAGUACGUAGCAUAUGUGGCCAAAGAUCCAGUCAACCAGAGAGCAUGUCAUAUCCUGGAGUGCUCAGAGGGUUUAGCCCAGGAAGUCAUCAGCACCAUCGGCCAGGCCUUCGAACUGCGUUUUAAACAAUACCUAAAGAACCCGCCCAAACUGGUCACACCUCAUGACAGAAUGGCACCGUUUGAUGGAUCUGCAUGGGAGGAAGAAGAUGAUGAGACUGCUCCGCCUUCUGACGUCCCGUACUAUAACAAUUUCCCUGGAAAACAGCCUCCCCCUGGUGGACUGAUUGACAUGAGGACCCGCCCAGGGGCCACGCUGCCUUACGGACAGCCAGGUCAGAAUGACAUUCACAAGCAGCCUCUGCCACCUCUUCCAGUGGGUGCCAAAGAAGGCGGACGGGAACUGUUUGAUGACCCUUCGUAUGUCAAUGUGGAUAAGCCCCGCCCUCCAGUUGCAUCGAAUGGAAAUGCUCACCGAGACGCUUUUGACAUGAAGCCAUUUGAUGAUGCCCUGGGUGUUUCUGGGCAUGGAGGACCAAUCUCAGCGGCGCCCCCUCUGGUGCAGCAGUUGCAGUGUGAGGCCUGGUUCCAUGGUAGCCUAAGUCGCAGGGAAGCGGAGAGGCUCCUGACCCGAGACGGUGACUUCCUGGUGCGGGAGUCUGGGACCACGCCUGGACAGUAUGUCCUCACAGGACAGCAGGGGGGUCAGCCCAAACACCUGCUACUAGUCGACCCAGAAGGAGUGGUCCGCACAAAAGACCAUCGGUUUGAAAGUGUGAGUCACUUGAUCAGUUACCACAUGGACAACAGACUCCCCAUCGUAUCAGCUGGUAGCGAAGUGUGUCUGCAACAGCCAGUUGAGCGCAGGGCCUGACGUUAAACAGACCAGUGACAUACUCCACCAAAUAUACACACACACCUACUGCAAUUCAACACAGGAUAAACACACCUUCAUAUGCUAUAACACAAACAGCAACAGUGCACUUAACACACUCACACAUACACUAGAACACAUAUGCACAUACACAUAGCAAAGAAAGCCAAAAAACAAAAAAACACCAGUUUGUCUGCAAAAUCAUUUACUUGCUGCUGUUGCCACUGUUCCAGUCCUUUCUGAAAGCCAAACUGUGAUCUGCAGUCCCUCCUCGACCCAACCGACUAUCAGGCGCAUCCCUCCACAACGGAGAAGCACUGCUGCAAUUUCUCAGCAGCCUACUGUGAACCAGGGAGGAGCCCUUUGCUAAUUUCAGAACGGGACAGAAAACAAAUGCAAUUUUUUAAAGGAAAAAAAAUCUUAACAUUCGAUUAUGAAAAACAAAAAAACAGAACACUUACUAAUAAAUGGAAUUGUGUGCAAAGAAAUAGUGGAACUGAAGAAUGAAGAAAGGAACAUAAAUGGGAAAUGGAAUUAGAUUUUCUGCAAGGAAAUUAUUUCCCUCCGCAGACAGUUGCUGCAGCAUAUUUGGCAAAAUGCAAACUGGAUGGCAAUGGUUCUUUGCUGUAGAGACUGAACUAGGCUCGAACAUAAACUCUCCCUUCAGGUGUCACUUGAGCACUUCAGCAGCAAACCUGACUUUGACGUACUUCUGCCAGAUGAAUAUGCAUCAACGAGUUUGCUCCCAGUCUAAUCAGGAGGGCCACCGUAGCCCCAACCACACCCCUAUUAAAGACUUUUGAACUUUGACCCCUGGAGUGAUUCAUGGUGAUGAGGAAAGCCUGUAUGCAAAACUGGGACUGCUAUGCCAAUGCCCAUCAUAUCUGUUUUUUUUCCCCUGUCUGUUAUCUUGGGACUCAAAAAUUGGACAUUUGGACAUUUGGACAUUUGGAGUUCAGGGGAUCUAAGUAUCUAUAUUGCCCUAAUCCCUCUCUAAACACAGAUAGACAUACACCUUUACACCACACACAGUCUGCACCACCUGUCAUGCCAAAGAACAUGAACUUGGUCGCUAACGGCAGAGGAAGCCAUGAAAAUUAUUAACAGUUAUCUAUAUUGUGUGCUCACAGCAUUGGGAGCUACUUUAGAUUAAAGGAUAUUCACAAUAAAUGGGCCUGUUUUAGACAGAGGAAAAAUCGAGGUGAUUGUGCCUGAAUACAUCACGAAACAGGCAAUUUUUUUUUAAAUUGCAUUGAUGUCACCCACAAACACAAUAACUGCUACAUAGAGAAGCAUAGGCCAGAUUAUUGUGAGCUAUUGCUUUUCAUUGACACCUUAGUAUGUGUUUGCAUUGACAAUCUAUGGUUAUAUCUUUACAGAGUGUUCUCUGAAGCAAACUGAAAGCAAUGGAGAGUUGUUAAAGGAGACCCCUUUAAACAAUGGCCAAUGAGAAAUGUUGAACAGUCUAAGCAAUGAAUCUCCCUCUGCAAAAAUGAUGCAAAGUAAGUCAUAGUAACUGCUUUGGUCAUUUUUGUGCAUUGUAACGUGCUUUACUUUUUAAUCACUUGAGGGAAUCAUUUUUAAAACGUAUCAAAUGAAGUAGGUCGGGUGUAACUGAAUAUAAGGACAUACAUGCUUUUGGAGCAUUGCUAACGAUGAAAUGUUAAGCCAAAUGCUACUCCUCAGUGUGCUGUUUUCACAAACUGUUGAGGAUCUGGAGGGGUCCACUAUAGUUUUCUCUUCUCCUCUUCCUCCUCCCUCAAUUCAUGAUGUUGUUUUUUAUAUCCUUUUAAUCGUGCCUUGUUUCUUCAAUGCAGUCACGUCACUUCAAUGCAGUCACCUUAUGUACUUAAUUCAAAUGUAGUCGACUACAGGAGAAUCUUACACAAGCCUCUCAGUUAAAACAAAGAAUCUGCAAAAAUGACACUCCAAUAAACACACACAAACAGUUCCAGUGAUGGCAAUCUCCUCUGAUGCACAUUCUUGCAUUCAGCUUAUAGUCACAGAUACUUGAUGUCACCAUAGGAGGGAUAUUUCCUGACCAUCUGUAAAUAACAUCAAUUUUUGACUGGUCAGCCUAGUAUUGGAUUAUUGUUUCCAUAGUUGUAUAUUAAAAGACUUAUUUGAUAAGUAACACUGAGCCAGACACCACAGCACUGAGGUAGCUCUCAAAGCCAAUUGAACUUGUCAAAGAGAUUGUGGCCAUACUCCUAAAAUAUGAGAAGGGAUCUUUCAACUUAAACUUUUAACUGUUAACUUGUCCUCAUGCCCUGAAGUGGGCUCCCAUGGAAUCUUAACAUGCACACCAGAGUGACAGCUGGGUCAGUCAGACACUCACACUGUGUCUGUUGGGUUGUUUGUAGAUCAGAUAUAGAAAAACCAGAGUUUUAAGCUUUACUCUCUGUGUUUGUGUGUGUGUGUGUGUGUGUGUGUGUGUGUGUGUGUGUGUGUGUGUGUGUGUGUGUGUGUGUGUGUGUGUGUGUGUGUGUGUGUGUGUGUGUGUGUGUGUGUGUUCUGAAACAGACCCACCUGACCCUCUGCGUCAUUAGUGACCUGGUCCCCUGUUAACAUUGUUCAUCACAGUUGCCUUUCUUGCAUGAAAAUCCUUUCAAAAAAAUUGUUGUUUGUUGUUGGUGAUGGUGAUAGUGUUGAUGAUGCUAUUGUACUUUUUAAUUUGUGUUUUUUUGAAAGCCAAAGGUUACUUUCAGAUAGCGUGCACAGAUAUUGAUUUUUACUUUAUAUAUUUCUGUUUUAAAACUUUUUUGUUUUUAGGGAAACAUGUCUGUUUACACCUGUAUCUGAAAAUAUAGAUUGCAUAUAUAAAUACAUACAUCAUUCAUCU